UUAGAGGGUAUUGUAGAAACCAUCGCUACUUUUAUUCCACGCUAUCAAAACUACAUAAACUCUUUAAAAAAACAAGGACGCACCAUCAUUGGGUAUGCUAGGAAGUCUAUUGGUAGCAAUGAUGAACAAAACAGAAAAAUACUUUUAAAUAGCAUGGUGCAGUGCUUAAAAGAAAGAUCUUUAUGUGACAUGGUAUUGUUCGGCCGACGCUAA